GUCAGUCGUCUACGGGCGAAGGACACAAAUGUAGUUACAUGAAUCUUCAAAGUGCCUCAGAUUCAUUCAUAACUCCAGUUCUUGUCAGUGUAUUUUUUAACCUGAAGCAGUGAACGACGAGCUCCUCGGUGCGACACCACCCUGUGUCCAUGGUAAAGCCCCACGUUAACAGCCAGGAUUGUCCCGAGGCAGGAGGGAAUCGAGAGAAGCUGCAACUCAACGAAGGAGAAACAGAUUUGUUGAACAGAUUUCAUCAGACCCAGCUCUCACUUUGCUCUUUUGGCUACUCAGACAGUUUUCAUUAUCUUCCAUGGAUGUGGCAGAUUCCUGAGCAGAAAGGAUGACAUCGGAGGCUGCAGUCUCCACACCUCCUGCAAUAAGCAGCACCCCCGCCCAGAGGGACUACUACUGGCUUCGCUCAUUUGUAGCUGGAGGUGUAGCAGGAUGCUGUGCCAAGACUACCAUUGCUCCUCUGGACAGAGUGAAGAUUCUUCUUCAAGCCCAGAACCCCCAUUACAAACAUCUAGGAGUGUUUUCCACUCUCAGAGCUGUGCCAAAGAAAGAAGGUUUCCUUGGCUUGUACAAGGGUAAUGGGGCAAUGAUGGUCAGGAUAUUCCCUUAUGGAGCUAUCCAGUUCAUGGCCUUCGACAAUUACAAAAAGCUGCUAAGUAAACAGAUUGGGAUCUCUGGACACAUCCACCGCCUCAUGGCAGGAUCUAUGGCAGGGAUGACUGCGGUGAUAUGCACCUACCCUCUGGACGUGAUACGAGCCAGACUGGCCUUCCAGGUGAAAGGAGAGCAUCGCUACACUGGAAUUGCCAAUGCCUUCCACACCAUCUACCUUAAGGAAGGGGGCGUUUCAGGCUUCUACAGGGGGCUUACGCCAACACUGAUUGGAAUGGCUCCUUAUGCAGGUUUCUCAUUCUUCACCUACGGCACCCUGAAGAGCCUCGGCUUGAAACAUUUCCCAGACCUGCUGGGACGCCCCUCUUCAGACAACCCUGAAGUCCUCAUUCUGAAAACCCACGUCAACCUGCUUUGUGGAGGGGUGGCCGGUGCCAUCGCUCAGACAAUAUCGUACCCCUUAGAUGUGGCUAGGAGAAGAAUGCAGUUAGGAGCUGUGCUUCCUGACUCUGAGAAAUGCACAUCGCUGAGCAAGACCCUGAAGUAUGUGUACACAGAGUAUGGGGUCAAGAAGGGCUUGUACCGAGGCCUUUCUCUCAACUACAUCCGCUGUGUCCCCUCCCAAGCUGUGGCCUUCACCACCUAUGAGUUCAUGAAGCAGGUCCUCCACCUGAACUAGCCACUGUUUUUUAACUCCCAAGUCUGUACCUGGGCCCGUAGGCUCUGAGUCAUUAAAGCAACUCAACCUCGAUGCUUCCUUCACAGAGUGAUCCGAGACUCACUCGCUACGUCUUAAACUCUUCAAUGUGGAAAUUGUCUUUCCUGUGGGUUCACUGAAGGUACCAGGGAAGUCAGUUAAUGCUGACAGAGGAAACUGGAUAUCAGACAGUGAGGUACUUUAUGUCUGUUUCAUUCCCUCUUAUUUCCUGCUUAUGUGACUCGCCACCUCAUGAGUGAUGAUUUACUCAACCACACGACAUGUGGUUUGAAUAUGAACAAAUCCCUCAUCAGUGUCUCCAUGGAUAGAGCAGGGCAGCGGCAUCUUUGAUCUGGAUCGGUUGGUUGGAUGGCUUGGGGCAAGGAUAUGCUCUUAAACAAUGUUGUUGACAACACAACAACAACUGUCUGAUUGUGUAGCAGCCCUCUCACUCACACAGCAGACACAGAUGUCCACACAGUCUCACUUGUCUCUUCCAGCUUAAAAUGAUCAAAUUAGCUUAUUAACCAUUAUUCUGUUUCUUUCCAAAGCUCGGUGAUAUGCUUUUAUUUUAACAGUAUAUCACCCCCAAGCACUUCAAUUCUAUAACUACACAUUUUCUUCAUUGUUUAUCAUGUGUCCUUUUUACCCACUUGGCCGUUGUUGAAAGGUGGCUGAAACUGUAACGUAAUCAGAUGAUUCAUAAUGAUUUAUUUAUUCAGGGCUUUGUGUGUCUUUAAAUUUGGGUUGCAGUAACUUUAGGAGACGAUUAUGUUUGUGCGUCUUUGCCUUUGUCUUUUACACAAAUCUAAGAUUAAUAUAACAAAAUUUCACCUGCAGGCUUUUCAGUUUGAGGCAACUUCACAUUUUAUUGCCAAACCUUGACUAGAGCAGUUACUGUAUGUGUUUUCAUUUGCUGAAAAACCUUUGUCUUUUUUAUGUUGGUUAAUGUGCUGGAAGAUGUUUAGCGUUGAUGAUAUUGUAUUAUGUAGAUUGAUGCUCUACUGUAAUCAGAAAUAUAUUUAGAGAUGUUUAAGAUGUUAGCAUUGCCACAUGAUAUGGAUGUAGGUCUGAUGUUUGCCAGAAGGAACUCAGGAGAAAUUUGCACUUCAUGACUGUAGCUUUUUCUUUGUGUAUUUAUUGAUUUAGCGACCUGUUGCCACUGGGGGGCAGCAUUGAACACAAACUGAAUUGUUUACCAUCAGAGCUGGAUACAACACUCAUACACAUAUUUCAUAUAUCUCUUAUCAAAUACAAGCGAGAGUAGGCUCUUUAUAUUUUUUUCUGUUUUGCCUAACCAAAGCAAGUCGUUAGUUAGUGAGUAUAAUAUAUGCAGUGCUUUUAACCUGGUUCUGCCAAAAUGCUGUUUGCAUUUAUUGCCCAGGAAGGCUGAACAUUAUCACUGAAUGAAAGUGUUGUUUAAUCACGCACCAUCAACUCACCACCAAUGUUUGGGUGAAGCCUCAUCAGUUUGCUGUACAAGCAUCCUCCCUUUUCAGCCUCUUGCCUUCGUCUGCAUUCAAAUGUCUUACUUCCCCAGAGUGAUUGAUGUGUUUCAUUGGAGUUUCUCCACAUGCUUGCUGCCUCAGCUUUUAGAUCACUGCAAAUGAAUAGUGAGAAAUUACAAAAAACAGUUGCCUCGGAACAGCGGUUUCCAACCUGUUUGGCUUGUGACCCCCUUAAAAUAUUUGUUAACCAACAAAGAGGCGACACAAAAUUUCACAAAAAAAGUAAAAAUUAGAAUAAAGUCCAAACACACAAACACAAAUUUGGGCAGCAGAACUCAAUGUUUUUUUGUUCUUUUCUAUCCCAUUAAAGAGUAUAACUUUA